AUGUUUAUUUGUACUAGCCGUUUCAAGCUCUUCCCGCUGCUGCUGCUGCUGCUGCUGCAGCUGCUGCAGCUGCUGCAGCUGCUGCAGCAGCAGCUGCAGCAGCAGACUUGUAGUUUUAUUUCUUUCGCUAGCUGCACCCCCAUCCGUCUCCAUGCUGCUGCUGCUGCUGCUGCAGCAGCAGCAGCAGCAGCAGGGGCCCCCAGGGGUGGUGGGGGGCCCCCUCUUUUCGGUGUUUCUUCUGGCCCCCUCUCUGCGGGUGUAUUGACAGCUCCGCUGCAGCAGCAGCAGCAGCAGCAGCAGCAGCAGCAGCGGCAGCAGCAAACUGCCGCUUUCCUGCGUAUGUCUGCUGCUGAUUCUUUAAGAAGAUUCCAGCAGCAGCAGCAGCAGCAGCAACUGAAAUCUCCUUGGGGCCCUCCUCGAGCCAAAGCUGCAGCAGCAGAUAACCUAUCGGCAGCAGCAAACUCAGACAUAAAGAAACUCCACAAACAGCAGCAGCAGCAGCAGCAGCAACAGCAGCAGCAGCAGCAACAGCAGCAGCAGCAGGAGAACUUGCAUCCGAUAGAGAUCAUCCUCCCCCCCUCCACCGACAGCAGCAGCAGCAGCAGCAGCAGCAACCACCCCACCGCCCCCACCCCCAGCAGCAGCAGCAGCAGCAGCAGCAGCAGCAGCAGCAGCAGCAGCAGCAUGCGUUUAUCUUCAUUGCGUGAAAUAGAUAAUAAUAAUAAAAAACUAAAACUACAACAAGACGGAUGGAACGAAGAUAAAGAUUUACUUCUUUCUGUUGUUGAUCUGCAUGCAGUUGCUGAUGAAGAUGAACAAAAUAUUUUAAAUGGAGUUAACUUAUCUAUCAAAGCUGGAGAAAUUCACGCUGUUAUGGGCAGAAACGGAUCCGGUAAACCCUAA